AUGUUCCACCUCGCGUCAUCAUUAUAUACUCAGUAUACAAAAAGAGAACAAUAUAACAUACUAAUAUUAGGUUUAGAUAAUGCAGGUAAGACUACAUUCCUAGAGCAUAUAAAAUUACUAUAUCCAUCAUCAGCGGCUUCAAACUCAACCAAACCAGACUCUAAUAAGAAAUCAAACCCGUUAGCGUCCAAUGUACAAAAUGAUACUUCAUCAAAUGGAACGUCUCAUAAUGAAUUUGAGGAACAUGAUGAACCAAGACUGACAACAUCCAUAUUGAAGUCUAAAAAAAUACUACCGACAGUUGGACAAAACACAACUACGAUAAAAUUUGAAGCACUAGAUAAAUCAAAUCCAAUGGCUUCACAAUUUAAAAAUAUUAAUCUAAAAUUCUGGGAUCUUGGAGGACAAAAAUCUUUGAGAAAUAUGUGGGCACGAUAUUUUAAACAAUGUCAUGGAAUAAUAUUUGUAAUUGAUUCAACCGAUACUGCUAGAUUUCAAGAAUGUUAUGAAACUUUAAUUGACAUAGCGCAUCAUGAUAGUUGGUUAUUAUCUGAUGCUAACAAUGGUGAAGAUACAGAGAGGAUGAUUGGAGUGGAUGGUACGGUGAAUGUACCAAUUCUUAUGCUUGCUAAUAAACAAGAUUUACCACAGGCAGUUGAUCUAGUUUCUUUAAAAACUGGUGUUUUCAUUAAAUUAGUAAGUGAGCUAGAAGCUACUGAUUCAAAAUUAUUACCUGUUAGUGUAUUGGAAAAUCAAGGAUUGCAAGAAAGUUUAGAGUGGUUAGUAACUAGGUUGAUAUAUAAUAAAGCCAAUAAAAAACCUGAAUAUCGGUGA